AUGACGCGCGGGAAGAGCAACAAAGACUUUCGUAAAGGCUUCGAGAACCGAAAGACCGGCAUCUUCAAAAAGUCGGACACGUUCUACGGCUACUACAAAGCCAAAGUGGCGGUGCUGGUCAUCGCCAGGCACGCCACAACGCCGGCACCUAGCAGUCCGCCUGCGGGGGCCGCCUCGGCUGACUUGGCCGCCAAGGCUGACUUGGCCGCCAAGGCUGUCGGGUCCCCCCCGUCAUCUUACUUUACCUGUCUGUCGGGCAGUUCGAGCGACGGUGCGGAGCCCUAUUCAAGCCUGGACAGAGAGCUAUCUAUGUCGCCUCAGGUGCCGCUGGCCACCAUGUUAGUAAGCAGCUCGUUGUCCAGUGGCCCGUCGCCUAGUGGCAGCAACGGGAAGGGUGUUGAAAAAGCUACUGCUAUUUCGUUCAACGACUACGACUUUGUCGAUAUGUCAGACAAAUUAUUCCCAUCUAUGUUUCUUAAAGGCGGGAUACUGGCCACGACACGUGACUAG